UGCCGCCCUGGACUUAAGUCUCACAGUUCCACGGCUUAGUUAGAUAAAGAGUGAAAGGAACCGCCGACGUUGUUCCACCAACCCAGUUUGCGGACAGACAAAGCCUAAAGGACGGGGGGGUGGGGCUGCAGCUCGCGCCAUGAACGUGUGGACGCGAGACGACCACGUGAUUCUGGGACAAGCUCCGCACCUCCACGAACCUCACAGAGACUAAAGAGAGGUCCGACAAGUGUCUCGCGCUCUCGAACACGGCUCCAAACAAACUCUGGCCGAGUGACGCGUCGCUCCGCUUUUCCCGCCGGCGCUGCAGGGGGCGCUGCGCAUCGCACGUUCACGUUCCGCCCACUUGUGACGUCACGGGUGUUGCGAAGGCCACUUCCGCCCUGCUCGUGCCGACCGCAUGGUUCAGUUUUCGGAGUACGGCUGAGCACCGGCCCGGAGGAAGGGAAAUAUAUUUAAUAGUGUAAACGCCUUUCGUCGCUUUGGGAGACUCGUGCGGCUCGACGGAAACAUUUGAGCGCGACGCCUUUUCCCGCCUUCCGGUACUUUCCCGCGCUGGGCGGCCUCCGAGCCCCUAGGUGGCGCUAUGCUGCCCGGGUUGCUCUUCUCCAUGAGGAGCCUCGGGCUGUACGGAGUCUCCGGCGGCCCCUGGGUGCGUGGAGCGGGCCGUCGCGCCGUGGCUUCCGGCUCCCGCGCUAGGGGGAGGGGCGGGACGGAGGCGUACGACGAGGACAGGGACACGGAGGAGCGAGACCCCCCCGAGAAGCUGAAAGCCUUGUUGCAGGAGGAGCUGCGCCGCCAGAAGGUCAUCAGGUUCCACCGGGCGAGGAGGCAGAUGACACCCCCUGGGCCGCCCUCGCGGAGGCUCACCUGGGAUGCGAUCCAGCAGAUCCGGUACCUGAAGCAGGAGUUUCCGGAGGAGUGGACGGUGGAACGCCUGGCCGAGGGCUUCUCCGUGAGCAGAGACGUCAUCGGCCGGGUCCUAAGGAGCAAGUUUGUCCCCCCUGCAGAGAGACGGGAGCGGCAGGAUGCCAGGGCUACGUCCACAGCAGGGCAGAGGGCCCCCCCCCCCGGCGCUGGGGUCAGGGGAGGGUCGUGUUGGACUGCUGGCUGGAGCCAAAGCGAUGCUGGCCCCAGGCAAUGGGGGUGCAGCUCUGACCCUGGUUGGGGGACUAGACAAGGUGGUUGCGGCAUCUCGUUAUCCCGUGGGGUUAACUCUCGCAGGGCUGCUGCUGUACCCUACGAGCAGCGACCUCUUCCCCACAACCAGCCCUCCUCCCCAGAGCUGGAGAGCACAGCCAUGGGCACCAAGGUGGUAGGGUGUAGAGAAACAGCAGAGGAGGAAGAGGAUGAGGAACAGCGCUGGGAUGGUACUGUGCUUUCGGACCUGCAGCUGGAGGAGCUGGCUGAGCAGCACAAAGCCCAUCCUCGGCAGGACACUGUGGUCAGGAAAGGCCAGGAGGUUUUCGACCACGGUGGUAACUUCCUCUAUCGAAUAUGAUCCGUUUCCAGGUGAAAAGCAGCAUCUUUACACACACGGAAAGGCGUCUCAGACGAUCAGCGGCCUCUGUACCACAUUCUGUCACAACUCAGCUUGGGGACUGCUCUAAACUCACACUCAAUGGCUUCGACAAGAGGAAGGAGAA